AUGUCUUGGGUUUAUUGUUAUAGAAGUAUGGAUUGGCGAGCUUGUAGUAAGACCAAAAAUAAUUUGUUUGGAAGUGCGGAAACAAACAAUGUCUUAGGUUUAAAACUACACUUUCAAUCAGAAACAAUUCAUUUUUUGAAAAAAACUCGAAUUGAUUUACAAAUGGGUGUAUACGUCAUUUACCAUAAGAGCAUAAACACUUUGCAUAAAAAUAUUAGCAUUUUAACGGGACCAGGGCACGAUAAGGUAACCGAAAUGCGCAGAACUUUUAGAAGUGCAUGUGUAGAGUUAUUUAUUAGAAAUUUGAUUUUCCUUGGUGGUUCUGUCAUUAUAUGCCAAAUUGAUGAAAGAUCGUUUUUUCACAAGCAAAAAUAUCAUGGGGGACGAACGCCAGAACAUCAAGUCUAG